GACAGACGGCCAGAGGAGGCGCUAAGCAGCAGCAUUUACGGUGACAGUCGGAGCCCCUGCGCCGCUAAUGUUACCAGUCAGUCGGACACACGGAGAGACAGGCAGCUACACAAAUAUCCACAGUCCGAACAACAGGAGUCGACCGAACAGUGAAACAAAGCCGUUUUGUUCCGAGAGGAAGGCCUGCGUUGCCUUUUACCGUCGUGACGAAUUGGGGGAAACGAGUGGAAACGCCGUUCACGAGAGGUGGACAGCGCACUGCUUAAGGACCCGUGGUAACUCACCGUCAUGCCGUUCCCUUUUGGCAAGUCCCACAAGUCGCCCACAGACAUUGUCAAGAACCUCAAGGACAACAUGACGGUGCUUGAAAAGCACGACAUCUCUGAUAAAAAGGCUGAGAAGGCCACAGAAGAAGUAUCAAAGAGCCUGGUAGCCAUGAAGGAAAUCCUUUAUGGAACGAACGAGAAAGAGCCCCAGACUGAAGCAGUGGCCCAGCUAGCCCAGGAGCUCUACAACAGUGGCUUGCUUAGCACACUGAUUGCAGACUUGCAGCUCAUCGACUUUGAGGGCAAGAAAGAUGUAGCUCAGAUCUUCAACAACAUCCUGAGGCGUCAGAUUGGCACUCGGACACCAACGGUGGAGUAUCUCUGCACCCAGCAGAAUAUACUCUUCAUGUUACUUAAAGGGUAUGAGUCUCCGGAGAUCGCCCUCAACUGUGGGAUAAUGUUGAGGGAGUGCAUCCGACAUGAACCUUUGGCAAAAAUCACACUGUCGUCAGAGCAGUUUUACGACUUCUUCAGAUAUGUGGAAAUGUCUACGUUUGACAUUGCCUCAGACGCAUUCGCCACUUUCAAAGACCUCCUCACAAGACACAAGCUACUGAGUGCAGAGUUUCUGGAGCAACAUUACGAAAAAUUCUUUAGUGAAUAUGAGAAGUUGCUCCACUCUGAAAACUAUGUGACAAAAAGGCAGUCUCUAAAGUUACUGGGCGAGUUGCUCCUUGACCGGCACAAUUUCACCAUCAUGACAAAGUACAUCAGCAAGCCAGAAAAUCUCAAGCUCAUGAUGAAUUUGCUACGUGACAAGAGCCGCAACAUCCAGUUUGAGGCUUUUCAUGUUUUUAAGGUGUUUGUGGCCAACCCCAACAAGACGCAGCCCAUCCUCGAUAUCCUACUGAAGAAUCAGAGCAAACUCAUCGAGUUCCUCAGCAAGUUCCAGAACGACAGAACAGAGGACGAACAGUUCAACGAUGAAAAGACUUACCUGGUCAAACAGAUUAGGGACCUCAAGAGGCCCGCCACCCAGGAGGCUUGACGGGUGGCGUCCGAGCGAGGAGGGCGGAGCCAACCAUUUCUUGACAGCCUAAUGGCCUAACGCCUGCUUAACAGACCUAUCAGUUGCUGCUCUUCUGGUUUCUGAGCAAAGAAUUCAGGAAAAAAACAAAACAAAGAAAAUCCCUGUACCAUUUCAAGUUGUCGGGGGGUUGCCAGAACAUCUGUGAUUUUCUUUCGUUUUAGUGCGUUUGUUGAAAAGAAAACAAUAGAUGCUGCUGCUUUCAUGCACCUUCGACUACGUACGGUCCAUUGAUACCACACUAGUCCAUCCUAAAUAAAGCCACUUAUAAGGCCGGCUCACAGGAAGUAAACAUAUCAACGCACAUAAGAACGUGCUCGCAACCCUUGGAUGAUUUCAGAACGGUACGAGCGGCACGGGCAUGUUUUGCUGCAUGCCUGGGAAAAAGGGCGACUGACUGGCGUCCGCACGUGAUAGCAGCGCCGCCGCGUUCAGCAACCAGACUGUGAAAUGCACGAUGCAUCAAUGCCUUGAUCCAAAACAGCAGCGACGGCUCAUUGUGCUGACGUGUGGAGUGGGGGGUUGAAGGGGACUCUCAGAUGCCAUGACACAGCACUUUUGACCUGCUUUGCUCCACUCAUGACUCAGCACUGAAGAUUCACGAAGGGCAGGAUGCAACUAAUGAAAAUCCCCAAGUCCUCCCUUUAUUCUUUUCCAAGGCUGGGAGAGCAUGUACAUAUGCCUUUUUUUGCUGCUUUGUAGCUUGUUUAACAUAGGAUUGUAUUAUAUGUAUCGACUUUAAACAUCACAUUUCUGGUUCAUGGUAAUCAAAUUACUUUCUAAACCACAAGAGAUUAGAACAUGUUUUUACAUUUCAUUUUAUUGCUUGGUUUCGUGUACAUAAAUUAGAGUGGCAGCUCACAGUUAUCUUUAGGAUAUGAAUACAAAGUGGUGUUAUCAGUAAGGGAUGUCUUUAUGUGAGAAGAGGAAGGUUGGGAUUGGCAGCAGGUUCAUUCAAUCAAAGCCAACAAUGCGUUUCCCCCUUUCAUUAUUGCUUCAUAUUUCCUUGUUUCCUUGGGAAGGGUUGUCAUGGUAAACGCAGGAGCAGUGCGCCUCAUUUCAUUCUUACGUUGGGAGUCUUGAUGGUUUCCAAAUUCCAGUACAAUUACGAGUGUCAAGCAGACUACUUUGGGGUGUGAUGGUAUAUUCUUACAUGCUACUUUGGGGCGUGAUGGUAUAUUCUUACAUGAACGGAAUUGCAGUGAGUUUGACGGUCCAUGUAAGGGCGAUUAUUUAUGUAUUCGAACGGGUAAUAUAGACCAGUCUCACGUAGUCCCACAGCUCCUCCGUGCAUGUCCCUACACUGGCUGCUGUGCAUGAUGCUGUACUAACGACGUUGUACUGGAAUUGUUCAUUUUAACAACAUCCAAACGUCGCCGUCGACUCUUCGCAGCUUGUACGCAGCUCUUGACACCAGUUUCGGUGUAAAACGUUUCGGUGCUUUCGGGAAGAAGUGUCAAAAGGCCUGAGCCCUAUGAGUCAAAUAAAAAAAAAAGGUUUGAAAAUAA